GAGGGCCUGGAAGCAAGCUGAGGGACGAGAGCACUCAGCCCGGGAAGAAGAAGAAGAAGAAGGAGAGGAAGAAAGAAAAAAAUCAGAAAAAGAAGAAUACAGUGGGGGCUUCUAGGGGCAAAUUCAGCCAAGGGCCAGCCAAACCAGCAAGCUACGAUGCUAAGAAGACUGAGCCAGUUACUGCAAUCACACCUGGUGCCAGUGCAGAGGAAAGAAAUGGGAAAGAAACAUUGAUAACACCUGGCGGUACAGGGAAUAAAAAGGCACCUGACACAAAUUUCGCAAUGGAUUUCUUGCGGCAGAGGCUACACAACAAAAUUGAAGAAAUAUCUGGGAAGGCCAGCGCCAAAACUCUCUCACCCACCGUGCUGGAGAAGCGCCAGCGAAGGAAAUACGAACGAGAGAGGAAGAAACGCCGGAGGAAGGAGAUCAAAAUGAAGGAGAAAUUAGAGAAGGAAACCGCAGAAGAGGCGUCGCCCGCCGUGGCUUCGGAGCCGCAGCAGGCGGAGAGCAAACCUGACAUCUUGUUUAACAAAGUGGAGAUCCAUGCAGAAGAGGAGCUGAACAAACUGAAGAAAAAGGAGGUUAAAAGAAAAUCCAUCAAAGGCAACAUAACACCACUGACCGGCAAGAAUUAUAAGCAACUCUUAAACCGGCUGGAAUCUCGGAAAACCCAGCUGGAAGAGUUGAAGGCCAAAGACGAGGAGAAGGCUAAGGAGUUGGAGGCAAAGAUGCAAUGGACCAAUGUCCUUUACAAGGCAGAAGGCGUGAAGAUCCGCGAUGACGAAGAGAAGCUGAAGGCCGCCCUGAAACGCAAAGAGAAACGUAAGGCCCAGCGUCAGAGGAAGUGGGAAAAGCGGACGGAACAGGUGGUAGAGAGAAUGCAGCAGCGGCAAGAGAAACGUCGCAAGAACAUCCAGGAGAAGAAGCUGGCCAAGAUCGAGAAGAAGAAGGCUAAAGCUCGGAAGAAAGGACGCAUCCUUCCUGAAGAUCUCAAGAAAGCUGGCCCUAAACGGAACUGAGUUUUAACCCGCUUCGGGUUUGAAUGAACAAUGCGGGUGUUAAGAGAAUCCAUCCUCUGAGCUGACGGGGCAUGGAGAUGAUGCAAUCAAGUCUGUUUGGGUCAACCCUGGGUUUGAGGAGGACCUCAAGGGUGGCAGAUACUUCUUUCUGAAGUCUCUCAACCAAAGUUGAGUCAUUGGAUUGCCUCUUUCCAGCGGUUCCACCACAAAACCGCGGUAGACUAAAGCGCGCUCGACGAAAGCGCGUACGUGACAUCAUCAGCAGCGCGACAAAUACAACCGUGGAGAAAAAAGGCCGCUUUAAAAAGCGCUUUUAAAGCAAGCCGAUUCACAUAAAGGUA